GAACAUUCUACGGGCGACCGUGGACCUUCGGGUCACAAAAACAAAAAAGGUGAAGAAUUGAAGUAUACUAAUGAGAAUUCUCAUGGGAAUUCUCGGACAGUUUCUCGAAUUCUCAAUCCAUUUACUCCAUGUAUGAUGAACACCCCAAUCCCUAGAGAUGUUACAAUUACAACUGAAAAGUACAACGGGAAGGGAGAUCCACAGGAACAUCUGGAACAAUUUCAUACCAACAUGAUGGCACAAGAUGUAGCUGACCCAAUAGUAGGUCGGUUGUUCCCAACAACCUUAAAGGAGACAGCACUUAGGUGGUAUUUCGCGCUAUCACCCAACUCAGUACAAAGUUGGGAGGAUGGAACCAGCCAAUUUCUUAUACGGUUCGCAACAAGCAAAGCGCAAUACAAAUCCACGCACGCGUUGAAAAUGGUGCGACAAGGACCAAACAUAACAUUGCGUGAUUACCUCAACAAAUUCUUUGAUGAAGCACUCCUCGUCAAAGACUUAGAUCCACAAGUCUCCUUACAUCUCAUUACUGAGGGAUUACUAGAAGGCCCUUUCUCUAUGUCAUUAGCCAAACAACGACCACGUACCAUUGAAGAAUUGCGUGUGCGAUCAGUCAAAAUUUUUAAUCUGGAAGAUUAUAAUCGCUCACGUGAAAUUUCCAAUAUCAAAGCAGACAAGAAUAACUUUGAAAGAGAUACCCAAAAGAACGUCCAGCGAAAGUUCUGUGAAAAAAGAAAAUGGGAAAGAUAUGACAAUUAUACUCCUUUGAACACAUCCAGAGAUGAACUCCACCGCACGGGACGAUCCUACUGA